AUAGUAAAAAGAAAGGUCGGAGGUGUAUAUUGUAAUUUCAGAGCACCCCUCCCCUCCAAAAAGUAGUUUCCGGGUUCGUGUUCCCCCGUAUCUAAAUCUAAUCUACUCUCUCUCUCUCUGCACACACAUCUCUCCCUCUCUCCCUCGUGUACAUACACUGUAUCCAAUUCAUCAAAUCCCUAAAUUAUAGCUCAAUUAAAUACACACAACACUUAUACACAUCUAAAGCUUCAAUCUUGCUUAACGUCUAGGUUUAGUCCUCUGAUCUUCGAUUUCAAAUCUGUUAUUAGAUCAAUCAAACUGUUAAUUACAUCAGUUAAAUCGUUAAUUAGGUCAUUAAUUAGCUGAAUUAGGGACUGAUCUCAUGGCGGCGACGACAAUGGCGACGGCGGCCGGAAUGAUGAUGAUUUUGUACUAUGUAUUGAGCCGGAGACUGUCGUCGAAAGUGGGUGAGGAGGAUAAUGAUCACGACGAGAACUCGAAAGCGAGUAGAUCGAGGAGAAUUGUGAGGAGAACAGCUCAUGCGCCAGCUACGUGGUUAGAGACUAUUAGUACACUCACGGAGACGCUUAGGUUUACGUAUUCGGAGACGUUGGGGAAAUGGCCUAUUGGUGAUUUGGCUUUCGGGAUUAAUUAUCAUAUGCGAAGGCAGGGUAAUCUGCAAGUUGCAAGUGUAUAUGCUGGUGAUGAUUGUGUUGAGCUUAAGGGGCCAUAUAUAUUAGCUGAUUUAAAGCAUUACUUGACAUUAUUAACCUCCUGUAUUCUUUUCUCGAAGAAGCCAUUUCCAGUUUUUUUGGACACUGCUGGCUAUAAUCAAGCAGAUGUUCUUCUUCAGAAGCCGAAAGCUGGGAUUCUCAAGCCUGCCUUUACUAUAUUGCGUGAUAGAAAUUUAAAAUGUUUCCUUCUAUUGAUACGGGGAACUCAUAGUAUCAAAGACACGCUAACUGCUGCAACCGGUGCAGUGGUCCCUUUUCAUCAUUCAGUUUUACAUGAUGGUGGUGUUAGUAAUUUGGUAUUAGGAUAUGCUCACUGCGGGAUGGUUGCUGCUGCACGAUGGAUUGCAAAGCUCAGCAGUCCAUUUUUACUGAAAGCUUUAGAAGAAUUUCCCAGCUACAAAGUGAAGAUAGUUGGCCAUUCACUUGGUGGUGGUACUGCUGCACUAUUAACCUAUAUCUUCCGGGAACAGAAAGAGUUAUCAUCAACCACUUGUAUCACAUUUGCACCAGCUGCUUGUAUGACAUGGGAAUUAGCAGAAUCAGGGAAGCAUUUUAUUACGACUAUCAUUAACGGUUCUGAUUUAGUGCCAACAUUCUCGACUGCUUCAAUUGAUGAUCUUCGUUCAGAGGUCACAGCAUCAUCUUGGUAUAAUGAUCUGCGGGAUCAAGUGGAGCAUACAAGAGUUCUGAAUGUUGUUUAUCGCUCUGCAACUGCUUUGGGAUCUCGUCUCCCAUCAAUAGCUAGUGCAAGGGAGAGGGUUGCUGGUGCAAGUGCUUUCCUUCGUCCUGUUUCUAGCAGUACUCAGGGUGUGAUGAAGCGUGCCCAGUCUGUUGCUCAGGCUGUCGUUCCAUCCAGUUCUACCUUGUCAUCAUGGUCAUGUAUGGGUGCUCGUCGACGUAUUGUUGUAUCCUCAAACACUAAAGAAGAAGAUAUGCCUGAAACUUCGCUUAUUAGUGGGCGAUCGCGAUCGCGAUCACCGCAAUCUCCCAAGACUGAGAUUGUUGGAGUUUCUGACGCACAUCAUGUCAAACUAAAUGCUUUCAGAGUAGUAUCAGGAAAUGAGGAGACUGAUGAAGAAGAAGAGCUCCUUUCAGAAAGCAGAGUCAAGAAUAGUGCUUCCAACAUGGAGGAGAUAACGGAAGGUGAAUUGUUGUACGAACUGGAGAUGGAACUUCAGAGAGGAGAGAAUGGAGCUAACAAGAAAGCUCAGGAGGAGGAAGAAGCUGCUGCUGCAAGAGAAAUUACUGAAGAGGAAGUGGAGCUAGCUGUUGCCGCUGAUACUAUACCACCUCCAUCGACAUCCGAAAUUGCAGAGAACCUUCAAUUCUAUCCCCCGGGAAGAAUAAUGCAUAUCAUUUCUGUUGUUUCAACUGAUGCAAGUGAUUCUGGUCAAGACCACUUAACUGAGGAGCAUGAACAUGUUGGCAUCUACGAGACAAAUAGGGAAUUGUAUAGUAAGCUGCGAUUGUCAAGAACAAUGAUUAAUGAUCACUACAUGCCUAUGUAUAAGAAGAUGAUAGAAUUGUUAAUCAGAGAACUGGAAAAUGAUAAUGACUGUAUUUGCUCCAUUUGAAAGUAUGUGAUAUUGAAAACAAGCUUGGAAAUUUCCCUAAUUGGGGAAUACACUAAUUCUUUUGUAGUUGUUUUGGAAA